UUUGUAACAUGUUUUACAGGGAAAUCCAGAUUCUGCGGACUUCUACUGCACACCCAAUAACCUCCCAUCCUACCUUACCAUUUAGACUGGUAAGUCAGAGGGCAAGUUAUUCUUCAGUAGCACGUUUACAAAGGGAAGUCAAGCCAAACAUCUGAAGGCCAAUGCCAAUUGCAACCCUAAUCAUUUUGCUCCCAUCACCACCUUGUUCAAGCAGUGUCAGAAUCUUUCCAGAGGCACCUUCCUCUUCUGCGCCUGGAAUUUUAAUGUUUUGGUUUUUUUGACAAAAUUCCCCCAAAGUUUCUGGUCUGGCUGCCAAUAAAAUGGAGGCAUUAGAGGUCGAUGACAUCAGCCCGGCCUUGGAAGUGACGGAAGAUUUCUUUAGCACCUUUGAUGCUAAACGAGAGAAUGUGCAGCCGCCAGAGGUUUAUGGGAUCCAGGAGGUUCCUGAGCUGGUUGGCCACGAGGUGUUUAAUAGGAUUGCAGCCUGCGGAGACCUGAGGAACAUCACUUUGGGGAAGACCAACCUCGUUUGGGAGCACUGCAAAAACGGACUCUUGGAAACCAAAGUGCAGACUGCGAUUCCUGCCAAAGAACAGUUUGGAGUACAAAGGGGAAUGGUUCCAGACAACCUCUCUUGGGUGGAACGGGGGGAGGCCUCGGCUUUUAACAUCUGCCAGAGGAGGCGGGGUCGGCCCCGUUCUGUGAACGAUAUCAUAGUGCAGAGCGAAGAAACGGUCACUUUCAAGCCAGGCCACAACCGGUCACGCUCAGACGUCAGCCACAUAGACUGGGGUGUCAUCUUAGCUGACGCCUCUUCACAGCAGCCGUCUAAUCAAGACAAUCGCUGUCCUAAACUUUCAUUUGCACCAACUGGAUUCGAAAAGGGAGAGGACCUUCAAGGGAACUCUGAACACAAGCCAACGUUCUCAAAUAUCCUGAAGAAAGGAUACUUGGAAAUUAAGAACAACCAUGACAGCUAUUGGCAGACAUGCUGCGCGGAACUCACUCCAUACAAACUGUACCUGUAUUGGCUUGACAACAGUGGGAACCAGAACCUUCCUACUGUCUACCUGCUUUUGCAUUUCCAAAGCAUCAAUGUGGAAACGAAUGUGGUUGAUGCAGUGCUGUUCAAUAACUCGCACCUGCAGCUUAAGGCAGAGUCUCCAUGGGAGGCAUUGGACUGGGGGCAGAAACUUUGGGAAGCUGUUCAUUCCUCAGUGCCAUCUUUCAUGAGGCCCCAGGGAGAUCUGGGGCGCUCGCAGAAGUUAGACAACGAUGAGAGCAGCAUCAUCCAAAAUCGUGGUUUACAGAAGGAACCUACCCAAUUUUUCCAGUCCGCAUCGUUGACCCAAAACAUCAAGGACUACCAAAACAUUCUCAAAUCAGGGACUCUCUACAGACUGACGCUCCAGAAUAACUGGAAAGCAUUCCAUUUCGUACUCAGCCGGUCUCUCCUCAUGGCGUUUCAGACCGGUGGGCUCGACGAAGACCCUCUGUUGAGCUACAACAUUGACGUGUGCCUGUCUGUCCAGACUGAUGUUCUGGAUGAUUGUGACUCUUGCUUUCAGGUUAUCUUUCCUCAAGAUGUGCUUCGUCUGCGGGCAGAAACCCGUCAAAGAGCUCAGGAAUGGAUGGAGGCCUUGAAGUCUGCCGCCAAUGCAACCAGGAGCUUGGGUCAGAAUCUGCAAGUGACGCUCAGAAACAAAACCCAAGGCCUGUCGUGCGGAAAAGAGCAUAGGAAGGUCAAACGCCAGUCGGUAACCACCAGCUUUCUGAGCAUCUUGACCACCUUGUCGUUGGAAAGAGGACUGACUGCCCAGAGUUUCAAGUGUGCAGGUUGUCAGCGGUCCAUAGGCCUCUCCAAUGGCAAAGCCAAGGUGUGCAGUUACAGUGGUUGGUACUACUGCAGCAUCUGUCAUGUGGACGACAGCUUUCUGAUUCCUGCUCGGCUGGUUCAUAACUGGGACACUUCAAAAUACAAGGUAUCAAAGCAAGCCAAAGAGUUCCUGGAAUAUGUGUAUGAAGAGCCCCUGAUUGACAUCCAGCAGGAAAACCCGAUGCUGUAUAGACACGUUGAGCCACUGACAACGGUGGUCCGUCUGAGACAGCAGCUGAAAUCCCUCCGAGCCUAUUUGUUCAGCUGCAGAGCAGCAGUGGCCGAAGACCUGCGAAGGAGAAUUUUCCCCAGAGAGUAUCUUCUUCAGCAGAUCCACCUGUAUUCCCUGGCAGACCUACAGCAGGUUAUCGAAGGGAAGCUGGCCCCUUUCCUUGGGAAGGUAAUCAAAUUUGCCACUUCCCAUGUGUACAACUGCAGCCUUUGUAGUCAAAAGGGAUUCAUGUGUGAGAUCUGUAACAACGGCGAGAUCCUGUACCCCUUUGAGGACAUUUCUACAAGCAGAUGUGACAGCUGUGGUGCCGUCUUCCAUUCAGAGUGCAAGGUGAAGUCGGUGCCAUGCCCCAGGUGUGUGCGGAGGGAGCUUCAGAUGAAGCAGAAGUCAUUCUGGAGAAGACUCAACGUGGAUGAAAGCCUGGAAGAGGCCUGCAACAUGUUUGAACUGUCCUAUCAGAACACUUGACUCAAAAGAAGAAGCUGGCAACCUGCAGAGAUCCCUUUCCUGCUGUAGAAUGAAUGCUUACAAGGCAACGUUCCACUGCCAGGCAGAAUCCUUUCCUGCAAAAAGAUUGGCUGAUAUUCACCUUUUUGGUUAUUGAAUAGCAAGGGUCAAUGUUACUAAGAAGAUUGAAGGCAGAACGCAUUCAUGAAGUCUAGGUCUACCAGGUGGUCUAAAGCCAAAUGUAGUUUACUUGAAAUAUUUCCUAUUCUCUUUGCAUUUAUUGUUAGAAAUAGAAAUAUUGUGUGCAUUAUUUAUUAUUAUGUUUCCAAGUGAACUAUUUUGCAGAAAUAGCAAAGGUGGCGCUGGAACUUAAAGGCCCCAGAGUACUUUGCACAGGGGGCCUAUGAGAUGUAUUUGUGGGGUCUUUUGCAGCUUAGAAGGAUGUUUUAGUAAACCAUCCUUAAGACUACAUUCCUCUCCCACCUCUCAAAAAGUAAACUCAAUUAUAGAUCCACAUCUAGAUGACUAUAGAAUAGCAAUCCUUGUACGCUAUAUGAACCAAGUGCUAAAUGCUGUUUAGUUCUUGCAUUGCUGUUCUUGACUACUGGAACAGCAGCUCGUGGUUGUAGAACACCUGCACAACAUUCCAAUCUCUUACUAAGUCAACAAUGCAAAUCCCUGUGAUUUUUCUCACAUGUAGCAUGAUUAAACACCAAAAUGCAUCUCUUUUGAUGUUAAACAAUGUA